AUGGCUACUAUAUCACCAGAUGCAACUAUUGCGAUAAUAGUGGUUGCCGUGGUUGUUGUUGUUAUUAUUGUGAUUGUUGUGAUUUGUUGCUUAUGUCGAAAAUGUAAUCAAUGUGCGAGAUGGUCACGUGGAAAAGCUAUGGCACGUGAAGAAGCACAACAAGAACAACAGAGAGCUGAAAUGCAACGUGGACAUGAUCAAACUCGAAUAGAACGUGAAACCGUACGUGAUCAAAUUCGUGCAAAAUAUAAUUUAAAUGGUGGCAAACCAAAUGUUGCAGUUCUUUCUUAA